AUGGCGUCUCUUGCUGCAUCGGCAGCUGGGCUUCAGGCGGUCAAGGCGCCGAUGGGCGUUCUCCAGUAUGCAAAGGUUUCUGGGCUAGCUUUGCUGCUUUUCGACUACUGUAUAACGUUUCCCUUGGAGGUAAAGUGGACGUGGGGGCGGAGGUGGGACCUCACACAAAUCACCUUCUUGCUGUCUCGCUAUCUUCCGUUUGUUGCGGCUACGCUUGCAACUUAUCCAUUCCUAGUUGUUGACCAUCACGACGUUCGUGGACUUCUUUUCGCUCUUCUUCGAUACUCAGAUGCACGUGCAGUGUUUCGCUCGUGGAUGGGCAACUCACACAUCUUAUCUUCUGACGGGCUCCUGCUCCUGCGUACAUAUGCGUUUUGGCUGCGCAACAAGCUCAUCCUUGCAUUCCUCUUGGUCACGGCAAUAGUCUUCGUUGUCGUUGCAGAAGUCUUAGUUGUCCAUCUCAACAAGACUUUAGAUACGGCAAUUAGGAGAGCUAGCGCGAUUCAGUAUGGCUUUCUGGUAGCGUACGAGAUUAUCAGGAAUCGCAAACACCACAGCGACUCGCGCAGUUCCUUGGUCAGAGCGCUAGUCGUUGGCGCUGCCAAGUACAUCUACGUUCUUUGCGCGUCCGCAGUCAACAUCCUUGUUCUUGCCUUUGCCCAUCCAUCAUAUAGUGAGCUCAUGUUCAAUGUACAGCUCGCCCUGCAUAGUGCCAUGUCUUCACGCAUCCUUUUCGAUCUACACACGACCCAAGAGAAACGGUUAUCUACCCUGAUAGAGCUGACGCGGCGGCCUCGCUCGGGGAUCAUUAUUCAUGUGGAACAUUCGAGCCAUGUCACAGGGCCUGACGACGCGAAGCACGCGGACGGCAGGCGUUUGGGCGUUCCGUCUUGUGUAUAA